AUGGACUUCCCCACCAACCGGCCGCAUUCUGGAGCCUGGGUGAGAAUGACUGGGUGUUCUGGAAUGUGUACGGCCCAGCCCAACGCCCCACGCACAGCUGCUCACAGGGGGAGUGUGGAGGAGUCCAACAGCCUGCUGGAGCCUAGUGGACUCUGCCAGGACGCCACCGAUGCCCCUGCCGAUGCCCCCGACAAUACUGACCCCACUGAUGCCCCCGAUGGAGACCCCCAAACUUCUAUUGACAUCACUGCACCCACAGACCUGCCGGAUGUAGGUGACACGGACAAAACAGACGGCACCUCGGGCACGGCGGCUCCCGACACCACCGGCGAUGAUGCUGCCGCAGCCCCCGAAACAGGCGCCACAGCCGCCCCAGCCGCCCCGGACACCGACUCUACCGACCCUGCCCCAGCCCGCGGCGACGGCGGAGAGGGGAGCCUCGACACCAAUGCUCCCGUGACGCACCCAGACAUCAUCGUCAACAGCCAGAUCAAUUUCAUCUUCCCAGAAGACCCCAAAGACACCAUGGCAACUCACGCACCAAGCACCGUAGUCACGGAGUCUGCAGCUCCUUUGGUAUCGGUGGAAUGUGUGACCGAGGAUGUGGUGAAAGACAGAACUAUGGUGAAGCUUGAGUUGGCAAAUGCGCUUCCUUGUGAUACCAUCAAGCAGGCUUUAGAGGAGGACUUCUGCCGGGACAGACAAGUCUGCGAAGUUUUGAUUGCCCAGGAAGGGGAGAAGUUGAUGCUGUCUGGGGCAACUAUUGAGGAAAAUCCAGCAGAGGCAUCCAAGAUGUUCCAGGGGGGAGAGAUAAAAAAUAAGCUGACGGUGCUGAAGUCGGAGCCGGUGGUGAAGCAGGGCUCUGCUGUGCUCGUCUCCAUCCUGGUCACCGGCCUGCUGCUGGCCGCAGGGCUCAUCGGAGGCUACGUCUGGCUCAACAACCGCAAGGGCAACGGGAAGGGAGUGAGGCUGGCUGAGGACUCUUACCCAGUGGAUGAGGAGAACCAGGGCAACACGCUGGUGUCUGUGGCCCCCCUCAACCCCCCUGAGCCCCAGGAGAAGCCCAGCCUCAACGGGGAGUCCCCUGAUGGAGUGAAGACCCAGGCCCCCGCCGCCACCAACGGACACUCCACCGCUAAGACCCCCGUGGCUGAUACUGAGCUGUGAGGGGGAGAGAGGGACAGCCAACCUCCCCCCCUCCAUCCUGGCCCGCCCCACUUUCACCCUCGACACCUACUCCCCACAGCCCAAAUAGCCAGCCAGAUCUCCAAAGCCGGAAUGAAGCCAGAUCUGUACAGGAAUCAGCUGCUAUCUGGGCACACACACACACACACACACACACACACACACACACACACACACGUGUGACAUGUGGACAGUCAUAUACAAAUACACACACACUGAACGCAAAUUUGCUCCCACAUUCAUUUUGGAGACAGAGCAAGUGGCACACACACACACACACACACACACACACACACAUUUCUUCAAACUCCUCUUUCUCCUCAGUGACUUAUGAUUAUAUCCACAAGAAAGCCCCAUAAGCUGUGUAACAGUAUUGAUGAUGAAAAUGUCAACCUAAUGGUGGUUCAGUAAGAAUUUGAAUUCUGAAUUAUGAAUAGGUAUUGUAUGUUCACCAUAGAAGUCACUGAUGUGAAUGAUGUCUGACUGGUACCUGACUUAGAUUGUGUGAGGGCACAGUAGCCAGGUAUGGAUGACUGGUGAACCAAAUGACAAUGAUAGUCAAGGUGAUGUUAUUAGUGAUGCAUUUGGUAUGCAGAGGUUGUAGAGGUUGGCCUGUGGCUGGCUGCCCUUAGACGUCUGGUCAGGAGGAGAGGGGAGGAGAGCUCUCCAUACGUCACCACUGGCCUCUGUGACUGCAGCAAACCAUCCUAAAACCCUGUGCCUUUUCCAGCGUAUUUCAAAAGCCUCCCAAAAGCACACACAACCACACACACACACACACACAUACACAUACAGACACACACAUACACUCCCAAAGGGUUCGUACACACCUCCCAGGCGGCCGUGGCUGCUGGGCUAGUGACCUGAGUAGUUGUACACCUUCACAUCUGUUUACAAACAACCCUGAACCAAGUCAGCGGGAGCUAUGUGUUUAUUCGGGUGUUCUGACUGAGUGGUCAAGUUUGAAUGUUCGUGUUUGCGAAAGUGAGUCUUUGGUGAGCGAAUACCUUAAUGUCCCAUGUUUUGAAAUGCCGUGUGCUUGUAUUGAAGCUAGUAUAUGCUUUGUUCAUGUGUGUGUAUGUUGUUUGCUUGUAUGCGUGUGUGUGUG